AUGGGAGCGGCGCAACGCACAGUCGCCCACCCGAUCCGGCCCAAGCCUCCCUCUGCCACGAGCAUCCCGGCCAUCCUGAAAGCCCUCCAGGACGAGUGGGAUGCCGUCAUGCUGCACAGCUUCACCCUCCGCCAGCAGCUGCAGACUACGCGCCAGGAGCUGUCCCACGCGCUCUACCAGCACGACGCCGCCUGCCGUGUCAUUGCUCGGCUCACCAAGGAGGUCACCGCCGCCAGAGAAGCUUUGGCGACUCUGAAGCCACAGGCUGGCCUCAUCGUGCCCCAGACGGUGCCGUCCUCCCAGCCAAACGUGGCGGGAGCUGGGGAGUCCAUGGAUCUGGGAGAGCUCGCGGGCAUGACCCCCGAGAUCAUCCAGAAGCUUCAAGACAAGGCUACGGUGCUGACCACGGAGCGUAAGAAGAGAGGCAAGACGGUUCCGGAGGAGCUGGUGAAGCCGGAGGAACUCAGCAAGUACCGGCAGGUCGCCUCGCACGUGGGGCUGCACAGCGCCAGCAUCCCGGGGAUCCUUGCCUUGGACCUCUGUCCUUCCGACACCAACAAGAUCCUCACCGGCGGGGCUGAUAAAAACGUCAUCGUCUUCGACAAGAGCUCGGAGCAGAUCCUGGCGACGCUCAAGGGGCACUCCAAGAAGGUUACCAGUGUCGUCUUCCACCCCUCUCAGGAUUUGGUGUUCUCAGCUUCUCCCGACGCUACUAUCCGGAUCUGGUCUGUGCCCAACGCCUCGUGCGUGCAGGUCGUCCGUGCCCACGAGGGCUCUGUGACGGGGCUGAGCCUCCACGCGACAGGCGACUACCUCCUCAGCUCUUCUGAUGACCAGAACUCUGGGGGGGAGCCUGCUAACGAAGGCGGACAGUCUCCCCCAACCCUCCGAAUCUCCCCCUGUGUCUCUGCAGCUCUCACCUGCGCCCAGUUCCACCCGGACGGGCUCAUUUUCGGAACGGGGACGAUGGACUCUCAGAUCAAGAUCUGGGAUCUGAAGGAACGCACCAACGUGGCCAACUUCCCGGGGCACUCGGGCCCCAUCACCAGCAUCGCCUUCUCCGAGAACGGCUACUACCUGGCCACGGCGGCCGACGACUCCUCUGUCAAGCUCUGGGACUUGCGUAAGCUCAAGAACUUCAAGACGUUGCAGCUGGACAAUAACUUCGAGGUGUGUGAC